AUGCGUGUCACCGCAUCCAUCGGGGUCCUUGUGGCCGCCGGUCUCUUCGGCCACUCUGCCUCUCAGGCCACUGGCUACGGGAACCCUAACGGCAGCCCGCUAGGCGAUUCGACUGACGGUUCUGGCAACAACAUCCCUGGUAGCAACAGUGGAGUGCCUGGCUCUCUGCCUUAUCCAAGCAACUCUGGAGGAUCCGUUCCUGGCUCUCUUCCCAGCGGUGUUGGUCCUGUCUCUCCUGGUGAUGGCUCUAGUGGUCUUCCCCCCAACGGACCUGGCGAUGUUCCCGGUGGUAUCCCUAAUGGUUUCCCUAAUGGUUUCCCUGGUGGUGUCCCUGGUGGUGUCCCUGGUGGUGUCCCUGGUGGUGUCCCUGGUGGUGUCCCUGGUGGUGUCCCUGGUGGACCCGUGGUCAUUCCUGGUAGCUUCCCUACAAAUGCUCCUUCGAACGGUCCUGGUUCUCCCAACUUCUCUGGGUCACCUGACUCUGGUGCAUCGAAUCUCCCUACCUGCCCUUUCCGUUCUACCACAACUGCAACCGUUGUUGUCACUGUCUAUCCAACGGGCAGCCAGGACGGAUCUGAUUUUCAUUGGCCUGAUGAUUCUGAUUCUGAUUCUGACGAAACCGACCUCCCAACUCCCAUACCCACCAAUCCUGCCCAAGUCACUCCUUUGACUCCCGCCUCUGUUAUCCCCCCCUUUACUACUUUGACGCUAGAUAUUUGGGGCCCUGACGGCAGCCCUUCAGGUACCGAUAAUGGCGAUACGGGUGAUAACGGCCCUAGCAACGGCAACAGUCCUGGCGAAGGCAACAGUCCUGGCGAAGGCAACAGUCCUGGCGAAGGCAACAGUCCUGGCGAAGGCAACAGUCCUGGCGAAGGCAACAGUCCUGGCGAAGGCAACAGUCCUGGCGAUGGAUCUGACUCCGGCUCUGGUGGUAGCCCUGGAUCAGGUGGCGAGAAUGGUUCUCAGACUAGCCCAGAUUCCCCUUUCUUUUCUUCCGCGCCUGGCACCAAUGGCGCCCCCGAGUACUCUGACAGUGACUCUUCUGCGGGACUUUCUGGAGCUUCUGGCGCUAACAGACCUACAUCUGAGGCCGCUCCUGUUCAAACACCUGGCUCCUCUAGCAAUGGAGCUGUUUCUGAUAACCAGCCUCAGAUACCUUCUACAGGCCCUGUCCAAGAAGCUAGUGGCAGUUUGCCCGUCACCACCCAGGCCGGUCCCCAAGGUCAAGGAGAAAACUCUUUCAUCACCAUCACUGGCCAAGAUGGUUUACCCACUAUUAUCAGUAGCGGUGGCAGUAUGGCCCCAGGUCAGGGACAGCCUCCCACAGCCCCAGGCUUCCCGCAGAACGGCAACACUCCAGGUUCUUCCGGUGGAGUUUUUCCAGGAGUCCCUCCUCCUCCUUCCGCACCUACUGGCGUUCCAGAUUCACAAGGACCUUUCAACUCUCAAGCUGUACCUCUUACUGGUACUGGACCUGUACCAGGUAUCACAAGAUGUGCAACACUGACUAUCACUGGGACCGAUGGCCUUCCUACAGUCGUUGACUCAACAUGGGUUGUCCCUCUUAACACACCUCUCUCUGCGGAUUCCUCGCAGCUUCCAGUCACCUUCGAUCCUCAAACCUCGCUUUCAGGUAUUCCACUUGACAUUGGUAGCAUCCCUACAGUCGUCGGCUCGACUUGGGCUGUUUCUUCUGACGCACCUAUCUCCUCAGGCUCCUCGCAACUUCCAGUCACCUUCGAUCCCCAAGCCAUUCUCUCGAGCAUUCCGCUUGACGCCAAUAGCUACCCUACUGUGCCUAUCUCCACACUUGGCUCGCCCCAAGAUGGACCCGGAGGCUCAGCUACAACUACAUGUACAAGUUACACCAUUAUUGGACCGGAUGGUCUCCCUACUGUGGUCCACUCGACUUGGGCUAUUCCUGUCGCUACACCUGGUUUCCCCGGUUCAGCUGGAGUUUCCAACUCAGUUUCUUCUGGAGGCCUUCUAACUAUCACUGGCUUUUCGACCUUUGCUCCUUCUGAUCUUACGGGUCCCUCUGCCACUGCAUCUAGCAUAGACAACCGAUCACCUACUACUUACUCAAGCUACACCGUCAUUAGCACUGAUGGACUUCCUACUGUAGUCGACAGCACAUGGAUCAUCCCUGGACCAAUAAACACCGGUGCCACUGUUAGCAGUGACCCUGAGGACCCAUCCCAAUCUACAGGCACUCUUCCCACCGGCGCUACAUCAGACGCUACGAUGCAAAUGACCGGUGCUCCUGAAUUGCCCUCUUCUGGAUCAACUGAUAGUACUGGGCCUGGGGAGAUUGGAAGCGAGAGCUUCACCACAUGUAUCAGUUACACUAUCACCGGACCAGAUGGUCUUCCUACAAUUGUCGAGUCGACCUUGGUUUUCCCUGGAUCUGUCAAUACUCAAUCUGGACUACCUGGUAACCCUUCAUUCGUUUCUGAUUCACUUCCCUCUGGCCUGCCUACUGGAAACUCCGGCCCAGUGACUGCAUCUGCUGGCUCCCCCUCCCCUGGCAACCAAAACAGCACGCCUGGCAUCACAACCUGUAUCACCUACACCGUCGUCGGAACAGACGGCGUCCCAACUGUCACUGAAUCGACUUUCGUGAUCCCUACAGGAGCUGCAACACCUACCGGCACGAGUCUUAACCUCCCUACUAUCACCGUCGAUGGUCAGGCUGAUACUUCACGUGAUAUCGUUGAACCCUCCACCAUCAUCACAACGGCAGCCAUCCUUGGACCUGAUGGGAAACCAACACCAACUGUGCAAACAAUCAUCCUCAGCGAUUCAUCCGCCCUUGGUGUUUCAGCUAGUGCUCCUCAAAGCAUUGUUUCUGCCAUCACAGUUCCAGCCGCGACUGGCACUCUUCUUACUACCGGAAACUUUGAUCCACUAUCCACGGGCGCCCCAAGCCUCAACGGAUACGAUGCUGGCAUUCCGAAUGAGUCCAUGUCGAUUGUACUCACCGAUGCUAGCGCCGAGGCACAAGGCGCAUCCGCGACUGGGACAACCACUGGGACGCUUACAUGGACUGUUACGUCUGUCACCGAUGCUUCGGGAAAUGCUGUGGUUUCAGGCGGCAUUGCCGAAUCCUCUCUUUACCCAUCAGGUGAAGGUGUCUCGGACCAACUUCCCCAGACAGCGUAUGGUCCUAUGGUCAGCGAAAGCACUCUAUGGCCUCUGAACGCAAACCCCACCAAUCUGCAAACUUCGACAUGGACGAAUGUCAUCAAAGCGGAGACUACCUCUUACACAAUAGACUAUCCUCUCACGACCCUUGCCACCGUCACUGUACCUGGAAAGAGAUUGUUUCGUCGUCAAGAGAUGUUUGCAUGGUCCAACUCGACCACAGCUGUCUCAAGUAUGACUUCGUCCUCAUCCACAACCACGGCCUCCGAGACCAGUUCUCCUUCCAUCUGUGCUACAGGUGGAAGUAUCGGUAACACCACAAUUGAUUUCGAUAACUCCAAGCCCGGACCCCUCUUCAAUCCUGUUGAAAAUAUCUGGUUCUCUGGAGGAUUCCUCAUUGCACCUCCAACCUCGCACCAGCCUCAACCAUACAUCCCUUCUUCCGGUGGUCAGCUCGUGGAGUUUGUGCCUCCUGCCCUCUCGAACACUACGACUACGAUCUCAGGAGACGUCGCACAGAUCGGUGUAGGACCCCAUGCCGCCAGUCCGUGCUUUCGAUUCGAUUUCUUUGGUGCCACCCUUGGCUGCGAUGCCCACGGGGACGAGAAGUGGUGCGAAUUUGAGAUUUCGGCUUACCGCUGGAACGAAACUUCGUCUACCGAAGAGUCCAUCGCUUGGUCGGAAACGAAGCAGAUCCCUGCCUGUUCUACAUUCUCCGAAGGUGGCUACGGGCUGACUCGUGUUGAUUUGGACGGCUACAUAGAUCUCUCAUCUGUCUUGAUCACCGUACGCGUCUCCUCCAAUCUCCGAGUCUGGUGGGGAGAUGAUUUCCGCGUUGGCUGGACCGACAACAGCUGUAUUGCCGCGUCUUGCCGCACAAACGCGCCGUCUCAGAUCGCCAAGCGAGAGACUGUUCUAUCAGCUCUGCGCCAAGGUGUGUACCAAUGGACGCCAAAUGAGCUCAAGCGCCUGGAGGACAGUUUGGUUUAG